AUGGCUGGUCCAGGCGGUGGUCCUCCACGCAAGAGCCAUACGAAGUCACGGAAUGGUUGCAAGACCUGCAAGAGGAGACACAUUCGAUGCGACGAGACAUUCCCGCAAUGUUCCCAGCGUCCCAACUUGCUGGCACCUCUGACUCGGCUCCUCAGUCGCAAUUGCACCAAACAUAACUGUCGCUGUGACUACCAAGAUAUGGCCUCAACGCAGAGCAGUCCCUCCACCUCACGGCGGGGUCCCGAUCUGCUCAUGACGCCGGAGAUUGAAAUGGAGAUUGAGAAUUGGCAUCGAACUGGGGUCCCUCCUUACCCCGAGCUUAUGCAGUGUCCGCAGUCCGGAUGGUCAAUUCUGUCUCGUUCAGAUCUACGCUUGAUUCACCAUAUAAUCGGCCUGUCAAUCGACCUACAUCGCCGCCAGUUGAGCAAUUGUACUGUGUGGGCGCAGAAGAUGCCGAACUUCCUCGCUAUUGCACUCUCGAACGACUUCGUUAUGAGCGCUAUUCUGGCCUUGUCAUCAUUCCACUUGGCCUUUCUCACGUGCGACCAGGAGACAAAGCAGCUGGCGUAUCAACAUAAAGUCAUCGCUCUGCGGGGCCUGCACACGGCACUCGGGGCGUUCUCGAAAGAUAACUGCGAGGCUAUUCUUGCGGCAUCUAUCUUGCUCUCCUGGCAAGCGACAGAACGCCAAAGCUGGGUCUCUCUACAACAGGGCAUAUCAAGCGUUCUCGAGUCGAUGCACCCUUAUUGGAAGCAAGAGUCAGAAUUGGCUCAGCUUGUCGAGAAUCACCGCGCUUUGAGCGCUACGGAUUAUUCGUUGACGAAUGAGGAAGAUUAUGCGCAGUUGGAUCGGACCGUCCGCGCGCUGAAAGCCGCCCAGAAGGAAAUCGCACACAACCAAGAGCACUCUCAGCGCCUAGGAGAGUUGAUCGAGUUUGUGGAACAGUUCCGCCAAGAUUUCCCCAACCAGUCGCCUGAACAGUCCUUCGAGCGGAUUCAAGUCUUGCGUCGCUGGCUCUUCUGGCUACCAGCCUCGAUGCUGCGCGGUAGUGACUCAGAUCUCAGUGCUCUCGUCAUAUUAUCUCAGUUUUACGCCGUUGGUGUUGUGCUUGAUCGCUUCUAUCCUGAAAUGGGAGGCUCAUACCUGGGCGCUCUAUCCAUCGGUCCUAUUGAGGAGAUGUACCGAAUUCUCGCAACAAACAGCGCUAAUGAUCCGUUCAACCCCGAGCUUCGUCAGGCUAUGAGUAUGAUGGUAUUACCACGUCAUACUGUGGCGCGAUAUCGUGGCCGUCUCAGUUGGUCUCCCAGUUCUUCGAUCGAGCAGUACUCCCCCGGCCCGCCAAGUCCAUAUCACGCUCUACCCGAGUAUCCUCUUGCAUCUUCCUCAUCGCCUGCAUCCGCUUCUCCUUCAUACGCCGCAUAUACCCCACCUCUCCAGUCUCCUCCCGCUGUCACUGUUGCCGGCUCUCCCUUCCACCUCGACGGCUACGUUACUGCCGCUUCUUCACAUGCGCUUUACCCUCCUUCACCACAACUUCUUGAUACCCAUGACCCGCAACUUGGUCUUUCUGAUAUGAACCACACGGCUAUUUCACAUUCCUCCGCAUAUACCCCUCCUUAUGGCAGCGAAGUCAUCUGCACCGACAUGCCUCGCGCAGGCAGCACGCUAGGCCUGAACAUGGAAGUCUACGCCCAAUCGCACCCACUCGAAAUGCCAGGCAUGGUAGCGCCCGAGACCUGCUGGACCUAG